UGAUUUCGAGCAGUGUGGUUUUAGUUAUCAUUCUGCAGAAUUAAUAAUAGAUAAUGAACUUGCAGUGUGUCCUCCUGAUGGUGAACGAUCAAGACAAGCUACACUCGAUCAUGAGUCUGUUUCUCAG